AUGUACGAUAUUGAAGCCCUAAAAUAAGAAUAAAUAAAAGAAAAUUCAGUUAUUAAGGAUUUAAAUUAAAAUGGAGUCCUUACUAUUACAUUAAAUAGACAAUCUCGUUUAAACAGUUUAUAAAUAGGAAUGUAUGCAUUAAUUACUAACUUUUUAGAUGAAGCAAAUAAAAAUCCAUAAAUAAAAGUAGUAAUUUUGAAAGGAAAAGGAAAACACUUUUGUGCAGGAAAUGAUCUAUAAAAUUUCGAUACAAUUACUAAUGAUAAAGAAAAUUAGAAAAAAAGUUCCAUUUUUAUAUCAUAAAAUAUAUUAAUACCGUUUUGCUAAGCGUUUAUCAAUUUGAAUAAACCACUAAUUGCAGUAGUUUAAGGCGCAUGCAUUGGCGUUGCAUUUAAUCUUUUAGCUUUAUGUGAUGAAGUAUAUAUAACAAGCGAUUCUUUUUUUUAAGCGCCUUUAGUAAAACUUGCUUAAGGUCCAGAAAUGUGCUCUUCUUAUUUUUUCCCUAAAAUUUUUGGAUAUUAAUAAGCUUUUGAAAUUAUUGUUGGUGCUAAAAAACUUUCUUCGUCUGAUUUGGAGAAAUUUAAAAUGGUAAAUGGGGUGUUCAAUACUUAUUAAGAAGCUUUGGAUGUUUCGAAUCGUAGAGCAACUUAAAUUUGUGAUUAAGAUUAAGAAAGUGUUAUUGAGGCCAAAAAAUUAAUGAGACUAGAUAGAGAUAUAUUAAAUAAAACAAAUAUUGAUGAAAAUUUAAAUUUAUAAAUUAGAUGGUCUAGUGAUAAGUUAAUACCUACAAUAAUGAAAUUUUAUUGUGGUAAAUCUAGAUUAUGA